CCUCAUCAGCUUUGAGGACGGGCGGCGUUGUCUUCUUCUUCUUCUUCCCCAUGCCCCGCAGUCCUCUCAUCAGCGGCUUGGCCUUUUUGCUUGCAGCUUUAGGAUCACAGAGGAUUUGUCUGCAGCUUACUAGUAUAAUUAUGGCUUCCUCUGUGUCCCUUGACUGACAGUCCUGUUCUCCUCCUCCUCCGCUGUCUUCUUUCGCCAAAGAGCGAUGAUUCUUAAUAAUCCUAGUUAAGCGCACUCAUCAAUCCCCCUUCCCCCUACAGAGGGAAGGAGGGGACGGCGAAGACAACCUGCCACCUGCCGCGCCUGCUCCCCCCACUCCGUCUCUCCCCACCGCCUGCCUCUGUCUGCAACCCGCAUCCAUCCUCCUCCUCCUCGGCUCCUCCCUCCUCCGGCCCACACGCCUCUGUGGCUGUGACCACCCCGGCAUUAACUGCCCCCCGCAUUGGUGGUUUCCUGGGCUGGGGUGGUUGGAUUUAGGUCGCUUUUGCUGCUGUGCUGCCCGAAAGCAGGAUUGCAACGCUCACCUCCCCUCCCCUCCCCUCCCUUUCGCGCAGAGAGAGAGAGAGAGAGAGAGAGAGCGAGCUCGGGGCCGGGGAGCACACCCAUGGCGUGACUGACCUCCGGAGUUGUCGGUGGUCGGGUGCUUGCGCGCGCGCGCGAGGUCCCCUGCGUGCUCUGCUCUGCUCCGCCGCGACUCUCCCUGCUUCCGUUCCGUCGACGGCGCGGGCCGGCCAGCUGGACCUGCGCGCCAUGGCGUCCGUCAAGCUCGGCUCCAAACCUGACGCCUUCAAGCGGCAAGGCCAGGCAUGGUUCUGCACAACAGGACUUCCUAGCGAUGUCACCGUUGAGGUUGGGGAUAUGUCUUUCCACCUUCACAAGUUCCCUUUACUUUCGAAAAGUGCCUUUCUCGAACGGUUGAUUGAAGAAAAUUCAGACCAAGAAGAGUGUAUCGUCAAGCUAAAUGAGAUUCCUGGGGGUGCCAAGUCAUUUGAGCUAGUUGCAAGGUUCUGCUAUGGUGUGAAAAUAGAGCUUUCUCCAGCAAAUGUUGUCUACCUACGAUGUGCCUCAGAGCAUCUAGAAAUGACUGAAGCAGUGGCUGAGGAAAACCUGAUUGCCCAGUCAGAAAUGUUCCUCAACCAAGUGGUUCUCCGUAACUGGAAAGAUUCCCUGACAGCAUUGGAGACAUGUGAUGACCUACUCCCCCAUGCUGAAGACCUCCAGAUUGUGAAGAGAUGCAUCGAGUCGUUAGCAUCAAAAGCUACUACUGAUCCAAACCUCUUUGGGUGGCCGAUAAGGGAACAUGGCAUGAUGCAAAGCCCUGGUGGCAGUGUACUGUGGAAUGGGAUCAGCACGGGUGCAAGGCCCAGAAACUUUAAUUCAGACUGGUGGUAUGGUGAUGCUUCAUCAUUGAGUUUUCCCAUGUACAAGAGGUUAAUCUCCACCAUGGAGUCUCGAGGCAUUCGACCAGAAAUAAUUGCUGGUUCCUUGACCUACUAUGCCAAGAAGUAUCUUCCAGGACUCAAUAGGCGCCAUAGUCAUAGCAUGGGCGCAGUGGCUACUACAUCUACUCUAUCUGAGGUUGAACAGAAAAACUUACUUGAGGAGAUCGACAGGCUAUUGCCCGUUCACAAGGGUGUAGCAUCAACAAAAGUUCUGCUUGGGCUCCUUCGCACAGCCAUGAUUCUGAAAGCCAGCCCCACGUGCAUUUCUAACUUGGAGAAACGGAUUGGCAUGCAACUGGACCAGGCCACUUUGGAGGAUCUACUGCUGCCAAAUUUCUCCUACACAAUGGAAACUCUGUACAAUGUGGAGUGUGUGCACAGGAUUCUUGAUCAUUUCUUGGCAAUGGACCAGGCAAAUGGCGGCGAGUCCCCAUGCUUGGAUGAUGUCAUGGCAUCCCCAUCCUUGGCACCAAUCACAAGUGUUGCCAAACUAAUUGAUGGCUAUCUUGCAGAAAUUGCACCAGAUAUCAAUUUGAAGCCUCCUAAGUUCCAAGCUCUGGCAUCUGCUAUCCCUGAAUAUGCCCGGCCACUGGAUGAUGGACUUUAUCGUGCCAUUGAUAUUUACUUGAAGGCUCAUUCCUGGCUAUCAGAAGGUGAAAGGGAGCAGCUCUGCCGACUGUUGGACUGCCAGAAGCUCUCCCUGGAAGCAUGCACUCACGCCGCCCAGAACGAGAGGCUGCCGCUGCGCGUGGUGGUGCAAGUCCUCUUCUUCGAGCAGCUCCAGCUAAGAACCUCGAUUGCAGGGUGCCUCCUGGUCUCCGACAACCUCGAAGGCUCCAGGCCUCUGCGGAGCGGCAUCACGACGUCCGGUGAGGCGGGGGGCUGGGCGACGGCGGUCCGAGAGAACCAGGUCCUGAAGGUCGGCAUGGACAACAUGCGGAUGCGGCUGGCCGAGCUGGAGAAGGAGUGCUCGAGCAUGCGGCAGGAGAUCGAGAAGCUGGGCGGGCGCGCCGGCAAGGGUGGCGGUGGCGGCGGGUGGGCCUCCCGCGUCGUGCCUCGGCGGCUCGGCCUGAAGGUGAGGUCGCAGAUGUGCAGCGCCCAGGAGGGCUCCGUCAGUGAGCAGCAGAGGAGCAUGAGCGCCAAGCUCGACAAGCUGCAGGCCAAGGUGUCGAAGCAGAAGAAGCAGCUGGCCGUGGAUGCCUGAAGUUGAUGUCCUGGAGACUCCGGCUUCAUGGCUUGUCGGCGUGACCUUGUAAUUUGAGCCCGGUGUUAAUCGCUUUUUGUUACCUGUGUAGCUGUUACUCUGUUAGGCUAAACGUCUGAGUGCAGUGUGUCGGUUCGUUCUUAAACCGUGGAUGGUACCAGGUAGAGUGGCUGAAUGGGAGUGUCGUAGCUAAGAACGAGAACCUGAUGUGAUCAGUUGAUAGUUGUGACUUGUGAGGAAAAUGUCGACUACUUAGUUACAUACUUGGCAACUGUGUGAUUUUUUACAGCAGCUGCUUGCUGUCUGCUAGGACUUGUUAGGGCACUCACAAUGCAAGACUUUAU